UUCAGGAAGAAGAAGACGGGGGAGAAGAGAAAGUCAUGGACAGAGGAGUAGAAUUAAAAAGAAGCUAGCGCCCGCAGUAAAAAUAACCUUUGGAGGAGAAAAAGACAGAGAGCAGAAGAAGUGUCCGGAGAGGGAAGAGGAACAGGAUGGGGAUGGAUUUCAGCACUCUGCGUACUCUUAUCAGCCGAUAUUGUGUCGGGGAGGAGAACUGGGUCGAUAGCCGGACAAUUUACAUUGGACAUAAGGAGCCUCCUCCAGGAACUGAAGCUUUUAUACAGCAAAGAUUUCCUGACAACAGAAUAGUCUCUUCAAAGUACACGUUUUGGAACUUCAUCCCAAAGAAUAUGUUUGAGCAGUUCAGGAGAGUCGCCAACUUCUACUUCCUCAUCAUAUUUCUGGUUCAGUUGAUUAUUGACACUCCCACCAGUCCGGUCACCAGCGGACUGCCACUGUUCUUUGUCAUCACAGUCACCGCCAUUAAACAGGGUUAUGAGGACUGGUUGAGACACAAAGCAGACAACGCUGUCAACCAGUGUUCUGUCCACGUGGUGCAUCAUGGCAAAGUGGUCCGCAAACAAAGCCGCAAACUCAGGGUUGGAGAUGUGGUCUUGGUGAAAGAAGAUGAGACUUUUCCCUGUGAUCUCAUUCUCCUCUCCUCGUCUCGAGAUGACGGGACCUGCUUUGUUACUACAGCCAGCCUGGAUGGAGAGAGCAGUCACAAGACAUAUUAUGCAGUUCAGGAAACCAAAGCUUACAACACAGAGAAAGAGGUGGACACGAUCCAUGCCACAAUAGAAUGUGAACAACCGCAGCCAGACCUGUACAAAUUCGUGGGGCGUAUCAACAUCUACAUGACCAAUGAGCCAGUGGCAAGGCCGUUAGGAUCAGAGAACCUGUUGCUCCGAGGAGCCACACUCAAGAACACUGAAUAUAUCUAUGCUGUGGUCAUCUACACUGGCAUGGAAACCAAGAUGGCUCUCAAUUACCAGUCCAAGUCUCAGAAACGAUCUGCAGUGGAAAAGUCAAUGAAUGCCUACUUGGUGGUCUACCUGUGCAUUCUCAUCAGCAAAGCUCUCAUCAACACGGCACUGAAAUACGUGUGGCAGUCCGACCCCAACAAAGACGAGCCCUUUUACAACCAGAAGACGGAAGUUGAGAGACAGAGACACGUUCUAAUCAGGGCGUUCACAGACUUUUUGGCCUUCAUGGUUCUUUUCAACUACAUCAUUCCCGUGUCCAUGUAUGUCACUGUGGAGAUGCAGAAGUUCCUGGGCUCCUACUUCAUCAUGUGGGACGAUGAAAUGUUUGAUGAGGAGCUGGGGGAGAGAGCUGUGGUCAACACAUCAGACUUGAAUGAGGAACUGGGGCAGGUGGAGUAUGUGUUUACAGACAAGACAGGAACGCUAACAGAGAACAACAUGGAGUUUAUAGAGUGCUGUGUGGAUGGACACGUUUAUGUACCUCACGCUAUCUGUAAUGGACAGGUGAUGCCUGGAGCUGCCGGUAUGGACAUGAUCGACUCAUCCCCAGGUCCUGCAGCCAGGGAGCACGAGGAGCUGUUUUUCCGGGCGUUGUGUUUGUGCCACACGGUGCAGGUGAAAGAGGAGGAUACUGUAGAUGGGAUCAAACAUGGCAUUCACCAGGGCAAGUCCACUUCCUUCUACAUCUCCUCCUCUCCUGACGAGGUUGCACUGGUGGAGGGCAUGAAGAGGCUCGGUUUCACCUAUCUGAGGCUCAAGGACGGUCAGAUGGAAAUCUUAAAUAGGGAGGAUGAAGUUGAAAAGUUUGAACUGCUAGAGGUUUUGACAUUUGACUCAGUCCGACGGAGGAUGAGCGUUAUCGUCAAGGCCAGCACUGGUGAGGUUUAUCUCUUCUGUAAAGGUGCAGACUCCUCUAUCUUCCCAAGGGUCAUCUCAGGCAAAGUGGAUCAGGUCCGAGCUCGAGUGGAGCAAAAUGCAGUGGAGGGUUUGAGGACACUUUGUGUUGCCUAUCGCUCUCUGAGCCCAGAACAGUACGAGGAGGUUUUCCAACUGCUGAACAGAGCUAAGUUAGCAUUACAAGACCGAGACAAACAGCUGGCAGAGGCUUACGACCUCAUCGAGAAGGACCUGAUACUGCUGGGAGCAACUGCUGUCGAGGACAGGCUACAGGAAAAAGCAGCAGACACCAUUGAGUCUCUGCACAAAGCUGGUAUAAAGGUGUGGGUGCUGACAGGAGACAAGAUGGAGACUGCAGCUGCAACGUGCUAUGCCAGCAAGCUGUUUCAUCGCAACACCCAAAUCCUGGAGCUGACCACCAAACGCACUGAGGAGCAGAGCCUUCACGACGUCCUGUUUGAAUUGAGCAGGACGGUCCUUAGGCAGAAUGGGGGCAUGACCCGGGACACCUUCUCUGAGCUAUCAGGUGAUUGCACCGACUAUGGUCUGAUCAUUGACGGAGCUACCCUCUCUGCUGUAAUGAGGCCCGGCCAGGAGGGCUCAAACUCAGGGAAUUACAAAGAGAAAUUCUUGGAAAUCUGUCGGAACUGCAGUGCCGUGCUCUGCUGUCGAAUGGCGCCACUUCAGAAAGCACAGAUUGUCAAGUUAAUCAAAGCCUCGGAGGAGCACCCAAUCACGCUGGCCAUUGGAGACGGAGCUAAUGAUGUCAGCAUGAUCCUGGAGGCCCACGUUGGUAUUGGCAUUAUGGGUAAGGAGGGUCGCCAGGCAGUGAGGAACAGCGACUACGCCAUCCCGAAGUUCAAACACCUCAAGAAGAUGCUGCUCGUCCACGGACACUAUUACUACAUACGCAUCUCUGAACUUGUACAAUAUUUCUUCUACAAGAAUGUCUGUUUCAUUUUCCCCCAGUUCCUCUACCAGUUCUUUUGUGGCUUCUCACAACAGCCGCUGUAUGACACGGCUUACCUGACUCUCUACAACAUCAGCUUCACCUCGCUGCCCAUUCUGCUCUACAGUCUCAUCGAGCAGCACAUAAAUAUGGACAUCCUGAAGAAAGACCCUUGUCUCUACAGAGAUAUUGCUAAGAACUCUUUGCUGCGGUGGCCGACCUUCAUAUACUGGACAGUCUUGGGCGUUUAUGAUGCCAUUGUGAUGUUCUUUGGUGCUUACUUCCUGUUUGACAACACCACCUUCACCAGCAAUGGACAGCUAAUGACAACCAACACACAGAUGAUGUUUGGAAACUGGACAUUUGGGACACUCGUCUUCACUGUGCUAGUCUUCACUGUUACAUUCAAGCUGGCCCUAGAUACUCAUUACUGGACUUGGAUCAAUCAUUUCGUUAUCUGGGGCUCACUGAUCUUCUUUGUGGUAUUCUCCCUGCUGUGGGGUGGAAUCAUCUGGCCAUUCCUCAACUACCAGAGAAUGUACUAUGUGUUCAUGCAGAUGUUGUCCAGUGGCCCAGCCUGGCUCAGUAUAAUCCUUUUGAUAACAGCCAGUCUGUUGCCAGAUGUGGUGAAGAAGGUCAUAUGGAGGACACUGUGGCCCACCACUACUGAGCGCAUACAGAAUGCAGAUAAACUCUACAAGGGCCAGCUGUCUGAGUUCACCCCCUUGGCUUCCCUCCACGCUCCGUCUAAGGGUAGCAGCCACCGGCGAGGAUCGGAAAACCAAAGGAACCCUCGAAGGUCUGAACCCUUUACCAAGAAAGUCAUGUUCACACGCUGGCAAAAAGCGCCAGACUACUGCACCUUCACCCCCCUCCUCCGGUUUGCUGAUAGCUCCCGCCAUUCAAGGCAGGGGUACAAUUACAGCGGGGCCGGGCCUGAGACCUCAGUCUAAUUUAUUUCUUUUUCUCCGGGGUAUUUUUUUUAAAUCUUAUAUUCUAAUAUCAGAAACAAUGUCAUCCACAUGGAGUUACUCAGAUAAAUUGGUGGAAAGCAAUUUUGGAGCUUACUUACUUGCUUCGACGUUACUGAGUUGGAGUAAAAUAAUAAACAGUUGAGGAGACUGCAAUGCUAAGUGACCUUCAUAAUUUCUGUCAAGUUAGCAGCCAAGUGUGGCGCAAAGCACUGUUGGACGGCUCUGGAGUGGACCCCGUCGGCAGGGCCUGGUUCGCUGCCACAACGUGCAAAGGGCUCAGUGUAAUGAUGUCACAGCAAACAAACUGACUCGAGCUUGUGUUUCACAUGAAAAAAAUGUGCACUGGCCCUUUACGCCUGCCUGCCUUUGAUGGUAGCUGAAGUGUACUUUACUCUGAUUAUUAGGGUGUUUUAAUGGCUAUUGUGAUAAUCAUGCUGAUGUUCUAUGACCGGAAUGAUGAUAAUGAGGACGACUGUAGACGUGCUCGAGCUAGCUUAAGCUUUCUAUGAUCAAACAUUUUCUUGUCUUCAGUCGCUGCCAUCUGUCUUUAUUCCCUUCUGUCUGUUUUGCCUCUUUUUAGGACUAACUGGUGUUGCCUGUGUGCAAACAUGUUAUCCAGAAACACUGCUUAGGACUCUGGGAUCAGA